AUGAGUACCCCUUGGGUAUCUGCGGAAGCUGGAGCCAAGACAUGGGAGCGCUAUCGAAAAUUGGUGCGGAAGGGUAAAGCCGGGCUCCCAUUCGUGCGAGCGUCUGGGUCAGAGAGGGUUAUUGAUUCUGCGACCAACUGGACUGCUGGUAAGACAACCAACCCCACGAUCACUUUCUGCUUCGCGGACGCUAAUAACAACAUCUUCGAACCUAAACUGGCUGUAAUCAUCCCCGAACACCUCAACGACACCCUCGAAGACCACAUGUGCCCCAACGCCGGUACACCCGAGCCUCAAACAGCCAUCUGGACCGAAAUCUUCGCCCAACCUAUCGCAGACAGGCUUAACGCCCUCGCACCGGGCGCCAACCUCAGCGCAGCGGACGCCGCUUCCCUUAUCCCCCUGUGCGCAUUCGAGAGCGUGGCGAUGGAGCGUCCGAGUCGGUUUUGUGCGUUGUUUAGUGGGGAGGAGUUUGAGGGGUACGAGUAUUUGGCUGAUUUGGAGAAGUAUUAUAAUCGGGGACACGGCCAACCCCUCGGUCCAGUCCAAGGUGUCGGCUACAUCAACGAGCUCCUCGCACGACUCACCAACACGCCCGUGCACGACCAUACAUCCACCAACCGCACGCUCACCAGCUCCCCACACACCUUCCCCCUCGACCGCACCAUCUACGCCGACUUUAGCCAUGAUAACCUCAUGGUUGCCGUGUUUAGCGCUAUGGGGCUGUUUAGGCAGGACCCGGAAGGGAGGAAUGGGGAGGUGGAUGGGCAUUUGGAUCCGGAGAGGAUGGAUCGGAGGAGGACGUGGGUGACGAGUCGGAUUACGCCGUUUUCGGCAAGGAUGGUGGUGGAGAGGAUGACGUGUCGGGGGAGGGUUGAGGGGCGGGUUGGGGAGGAGGACCAAGAGGUGUUCAAUGGAUUCAUCGAUGAGGAGGAGGAUGAAGAUGAUAGGGUAGAAAGAGUGACGAAAGGAAAAGCGAAGAGGAGAAGGAACUAUGUGAGAGUCCUCGUCAAUGACGCCGUGCAGCCUCUGGAGUUUUGUGGAGGGGAUGGGGAUGGGCUGUGUACGUUGGAGAGGUUUGUCGACAGCCAGUGGUAUGCAAGGAAGAGCGGUGAUGGGGAUUGGGAGAAGUGCUUCGAGGGGGUGGAGCGUGAAGGAGAUUUUUGA